GAUUAUCAAUUAUGGCUUCUUCAAACUGUAUUAUGGUUACAUUAAUCAUAAUCUUAUUGUGGAGUUCUUCUUCUGUUCUUUCUGAUACAAUCCCUGAAAAGUUCUACCAAUGUAUUUGCAAGAAUUCUGAUUUCUCUGACUCUUUUUCCACAGCUUUCUUUACCCCAAAUGAUGCUUCUUUUAACACAAUUUUGAAUUCAACAGCUCAAAAUCUCAGGUGUUUGAUGUCAUCAGUGCCUAAACCUGAGCUGAUUUUCACUCCAUUGACAGAACCCCAUGUGCAAGCAUCUGUAAUUUGUGCGAAACAACUCAAUCUUCAACUCAGAGUUAGGAGUGGAGGUCAUGACUAUGAGGGGAUUUCGUACAUUUCUGAAAUGGGGUCUCCUUUUGUCAUCGUCGAUCUCUUGAAGCUUCGAGGGAUCGAGGUGAACAUAGAGGAGAAUUCAGCUUGGGCUCAAGCUGGUGCUACUGUUGGUGAAGUUUAUUAUAGGAUUUCAGAGAAAAGCAAAACUCUUGGAUUCCCUGCUGGACUCUGUACUAGUUUGGGAAUUGGUGGUCAUAUUACUGGUGGUGCUUAUGGUUCCAUGAUGAGGAAAUUUGGGCUUGGAGUUGACAAUGUGAUCGAUGCUCGUAUAGUCAAUGCAAAUGGAACCAUACUCGAUAGACAAUCGAUGGGGGAAGACUUGUUUUGGGCUAUUCGCGGAGGUGGAGGAGCUAGUUUUGGGAUCAUACUUUCUUGGAAAAUGAAAUUAGUCACUGUUCCAUCGACUGUCACUGUUUUCACUGUCCCGAAAAAACUGGAAGACGGAGCAACAAAGAUUUUAUACAAGUGGCAGCAAGUUGCUGACAAAAUCGACGAUGGUCUGUUCAUGAGAGUAGUCAUAAAUGUUGUAGAUAAAAAAGAUGUAAAAGGGGAAAGAACUGUUCAAACAGCUUAUAACUCAUUGUUUCUUGGAAAAGCUGAAACACUUUUACGAAUAAUGAAUGAGUCUUUCCCUGAAUUGGGAUUGACACAAAAAGAUGUUACAGAAAUGAGUUGGAUAGAGUCAAUUUUAUACAUUGCAGGGUACGCGAACAACACGCCACCAGAAGUACUCCUCCAGGGGAAAUCACUAUUCAAGAAUUACUUCAAAGCUAAAUCAGACUUCAUAAAAGAGCCAAUACCAGAAACAGGACUCGAAGGCCUAUGGAAAAGGCUAUUAGAAGAGGACUCACCAUUGAUGAUAUGGAAUCCAUACGGAGGAAUGAUGGCGAAUAUAUCAGAAUCAGACACUCCAUUCCCACACAGAAAAGGGGUAAUUUUCAAGAUUCAGUAUUUAACUCUCUGGAAUCAACCUGAUGAAGAAUUAGCCACGAGGCACGUUGAUUGGAUCAGGAAACUCUAUAAUUACAUGACUUCUUAUGCAUCUAUGUACCCAAGAGAAGCCUAUGUGAAUUACAGAGAUCUUGAUUUAGGAAUGAACAAGAAUGUGAAUCGUAAUUCGAGCUUUGCACAAGCUAGUGUGUGGGGGAACAAGUAUUUCAAGAACAAUUUUAACAGGCUGGUGCAAAUAAAAACUAUAGUGGAUCCAGAAAAUUUCUUCAAACAUGAACAAAGCAUCCCAGUAAAGGGAUGAUGUUCUUCUAAGUUUAUAUUUGGCUAGUAGUAAUAAUAUCUUUUACUUAAAUGCUGUUUAAUGUGGUAUAAUGUAUG